AGCCGGCCGCAUGAUAAUCUCAAUCUGUGCCCAUUAGUGCACUGAGAGAGAAGAGGGUUCUACACAGAGAGCGAGGCAGUGACAUAAACAGAGUGCAAGUGGGAGAGAACUUUAAAGGGAUUUGGCAGUGAUUUGUAGAAUCUCAGUGGCAUAAUAUUGUGCUUUUUCUACUUUUCCGUGAUUCAGACGAUGCUAUACACUAAAGCCUCAAAAGCCAAAAUGUUCUAUGCUUUUUUGCUAACUAAAACAAAUGUUAUGUUAUUGAAGGAUUUGAGUCCAUUCCAGUUAUUUUUAGAAAAUACAUAUAAUAUCUGAGAUGUUAAUGGAUUUACUUUUUGCUAAAACAAUGAAGAAUCUGGCACUGAACAUCAUCACAUAUUGAAUAUGGGAACAGACCUGUUUGGGAGUGUUGGAGUGAUGGAUGAAAUCAAGACUGGUCCAAAUGGAAUGUUCAGGUAUCAAAUGUAGAGGGAGAAGCCUGGUACUUUAACACUGGAUACAGGAACCUUUGGUGGCCAGAAUCAUGAUAUCACAGUGCCACACAUCACAGUUCUGUUGUCGGUUUGGUCCACUGUUUGGAUGCCAUGUAACAACAUUGCUCAGGUUACUGUGGAUGCUGUUUCUGGGUCUAAGUCCAGAGUCAUGGGCUCAGCAGGGCACACAACCACACUCCAUCAAGAUCAAGGGGGACAUCACCCUGGGUGGCCUGUURCCAGUGCACUCCCGUGGGCCUGCCGGUGUGCCCUGUGGGGAGAUCAAGAGGGAGAAGGGGAUCCACCGAAUGGAGGCCAUGCUGUAUGCGCUGGAUCAGAUCAACAGUGACCCUGACCUCCUGCCUAACAUCACCCUGGGGGCCAUGGUCCUGGACACCUGCUCCAGAGACACCUACGCUCUGGAGCAGUCACUCACCUUCGUCCAGGCCCUCAUCCAGAAGGAUAACUCAGACGUGCGCUGCUCCAACAAUGAGCCACCCAUUAUUCGCAAACCAGAGAGGGUGGUGGGAGUAAUCGGAGCAUCAGGCAGCUCUGUGUCCAUCAUGGUGGCCAACGUGCUGAGACUCUUUGCGGUCCUCACAGCAGAAAGACUCAAUAAGGUUCUCAAUGUUGUUGCAGCUGAUCACAUUGUGAUSCUGUCYUUUGUCCACGAUGAACUGGAGGUUGACYUGGAUUUUGCAGAGGCAUGUGUCCCUAUCCUGGACUGUUGGCUUGACAACCCAAAUUCUUCUUUUGAAGAAUUCAUAGUAGGACAUUUUAAUCUCUGA